CGCUCGUAAAGACGAGCAGAUAUUUAAGAGUUUGUGUCUUAUCCUCUGUCCUCCUUCACGGCACACAUACUCAUGAAUGCAGUACCGUGACUGCUCUCUCUUCUUUUCACACUGGGUCUUUUUCUGUGAAAACUUUGGAGGUCAGUUUCCUUUGUGUGUUAGUUGUUUCAGUGCAAAGAGAAGUGAGGAGCCGUCCACAGCACAGAUGUUUUCAGUUUGACCUGCUCCUCCGUCUCUGUCUGGUGCCUGAGGACAAGGGGCAGAUGGAGACACAGACAAUGGACCUACAUCCAGCCAUAUGAGUGAUAUGCACAAAGGACCAAGUCAAUCUAAGUUGUUCCUGCAUUAGUCCUGACUGCUGCCUGAAAAGCAGUAUGAACUGUAGCAUCCCCUUUCCAAUGCAUUCCUGUGCAAUACUUAACUGAGGUCAGUGUCUAUAGAAGAUGCUGAGGAAGAUGGUGACGAUGCGGAGGAUUCUCCAUGUGAAGGGAGAUGUGAUGUGCACGAUGCUGCUGCUGGUUCUGUUCUGUCUGCUGCUCUAUGCUCGCCAGGUCGUCCUCUCCUCUGGGUGGGACAGACCUGUGUGGAAGCUGGAGAUCCACGGCUCAACCAGCUCCAGUCGGACACUGCUGGGGACCAGUGGAGCCAAAGUGGGCCAGGAGUCUCCAGGGUUCCCACCCAGCCCUCCAGAGCCAGAGCUGCCUGCCUGUAAGUCCCAGUCCAAAUCAAAACCACCUCCGGCCAAAUCCAAACCUCAGGUCAAAUCUAAGGGGAAAUCCAAGUCGCGACGGAAGAAUGCUGUGCCGACCAAGGCUGCUGGCAAUCCUCUGCCCACGAUGCCACCAUUUGACUUUGAGAGUUACUUGCGGGAAAAGGACAACAGAAACUUUAAUCUGCUCAUAGACCAGCCGGAGAAAUGUCACCUCAGAGGAGCAGAGGAGCAAGAAGGAGGAAGAGGAGAUAAAGAGUCUAUUACUGCGCCCUAUAUGCUUAUCGCUGUGAAAUCUAUUGCUGCAGAUUUUGAUAAGCGUCAGGUGGUACGUCGGACAUGGGGUAAGGAGGGACAGUUCCAAAAUGGCGUGUCCAUUCGUACGGUUUUCCUGCUUGGGGUUCCCAGGAAUCGGAGUACUCUUCCUCUGUGGGAUCGGCUCCUGGCCUACGAGAGCCAGACCUUUCGGGAUAUCCUGCUUUGGGACUUUGAAGACACUUUCUUCAACCUGACGCUGAAGGAAACACAUUUUCUGAAAUGGGUUAACAGCAGCUGUCCUCAUGUCAAGUUCAUCUUCAAGGGUGAUGCUGAUGUGUAUGUGAAUGUGGAGAACAUAUUAGAGAUGUUGCAAGGUCAAAAGCCAGAUGAGGAUCUGUUUGUCGGUGACAUUAUUAUCCAUGCUAAACCCAUUCGCCGGCGCAGUUCCAAGUACUAUGUGCCAGAGUUUGUGUAUGGAGGGGGUUUGUACCCGAAUUAUGCUGGGGGAGGAGGGUUUGUCAUGUCGGGACACACAGCUCGGAAACUUAGCUCUGCAUGUCAACAGGUGGAGUUGUUCCCCAUUGAUGAUGUCUUUCUGGGAAUGUGCCUCCAGCUGAUUGGCGUCAAACCGUCACGCCACCAGGGCUUUCGGACCUUUGGAAUUCCCAGACCAUCUGCAGCGCCCCACCUUCAGACCUUUGACCCCUGUUUCUACCAAGAACUCAUGGUUGUUCACAGCCUCAGUGUCCCACAGAUCUGGCUCAUGUGGAACCUCCUGCAUGACCCCAAACUGAGCUGCCACAACAGGACCAGCCUGACAUCCUGGCCCUUUAAGUGGAGGGGGAAGACGGAAGAGGAGGCAGGAGAAGAGACGGACUACGGUGAGAAGCGGGUAUUUAUCAUGCAUUAGGGACCUUCUGCAGGGACGAGUGGGAUCUGCAACAGCCCUAGUGAGUACAAAGUGGUUAUAGCGGGGGAUCAGUGGCCAACUUGAAAGGACUGUGAUGUGUUCAAAAGCACGGUUGAGUCAUAGGAGCAUUUAUCCAAGCUGGCAGAUCAACUUGGGGGAAAUGAAUUGGCAAACAUGCUUCAGAUUUUUCAGUGAGGAAUCCUAGAGAGAAUUUAGGCUUUUUACCAUCAGAGCCCCAUCUGUCUGUUCGCAUGGGGCAAGAUUUUGAUUAGCAAAGACGACUGUGUGAUGAGUUGAAUCUCUGCACUUUUGAAUGUGUAAUCUUACCAAUGUGUUGUGUUACAAACAGAGACACCUUAAGAUUGACGAGGACAACGUAACUUAAUGUGGGUAGCUGGUUUAACCCCAUCCAAAUGUGAAUGCAACCGUUUGUGUGAGACCACAACAAUGUUAAUAGCCUGACUUUCAUUGGACUGUGUCGACAGCCAAGACUGAAAGUGGCUGUAAGCACUGAGAAAACAGCAGAGACUUUUUUGUGUUCUGAUGUGAAUCACUUGCAGAGAUGCUCCUCUCCUACUUGUUAUGCUGGAUAGAAGCACAAAUGGACGGUCGCAUUAUCUGUUCCCUGGAGGAACAACAAAUGAAACCUAAGUGGAAACCAGCUGCACAGUGGGAACCAGCUGGGACCAUAGUACACAGUCACACAUGCGCGCCAAACCUCUGCUGAAUGUUUCUGAGGCGUGUGUACUUUCAUGUGAACACUUUAGUUAUUACUAUAAUUAUGAUGAUUUGUAUACUGUAAUUAUAUAUUUGAACUCUUUAUAUCUUUACCCUCUUCUGCUCAAAAUGUUCAGUGUUAAAAAUGCUGCAGGAGUGAUUUAUAAUCAUCUUAGUGAUGAUCACUUUAGUCACUGUGUCAGAGGGUCAUUGUCAGUGGCAGUGGAAGAGCAAACACAUGUUAUGGCUAAGACACUGAAUUUAACAAGUGAUACCUGAACAAAAUGGCUGCAAGUUUGUGUUCAUACAUCAUCCAAAAGUCUUUUAUUGUUAGUUCUGUUGUGGCUCAUCUGAAUGCAUGCACGCUACUAUAGUCUGUGGUGUAAACACACAGUAGAUGUGGUCAGUGUGGGCAGCUGAGUUUCAGUUCUGGAACACUGAAUGUUUUAAUUAAAUCUUUUUUUUUUGGAUAAUGUACAUGAAGUGAUCUUUACGUUACUGCUUCAUUUGUCAAAGCAAAAGUUUAGAUUUCAACUUUAAUAGUUUAAGACAGUCUCUGUCUUUGUCACUUAUAAUAAUAUAAUUCUGCCAGGUGUUGAUACAAAACAGAUGCUGAGAUCUGGCUCCUGUCUGAAGUCAAGUCAAACGUGCAGCAUAAACUUGAGUUUCAAGAAAUAAAAAAACUCCCAAUCUUAUUUCACAUCCACAUUUUUAUUACUUUUUCAUAUCCUGGUUGCACACAGAAAAUGAACUUUGAUGUCAAUGAACAGUGAGCAUUUGAUUUCAUAAAAGUCCAAAUGUUGCAUUGGAGUUGUUGGAGAAUGCACAGCAGUAGCUCAUCUCAACAACCAUCAUCAAACACUGCCAAUAAGUAUUCUGCUGGAGCAAAGCUUUCAGUCAAACUAAUCCUUCUUCCUGCACUACGUGGUAUUGUUAUUGCCUUUUUUUUCAGUGGACAUGCUGAAUAAAUCUACGUAUUUUUUUUAAUACACAAAGUUAUAGUAUUCAAAAUAUAAAAUGCCACAUUCCAAUAAAUUUUACAAGUUUGAAUUAAGGAGAACCGCCUCAUUUCCAGAAAUGGGCUUAAAAUGUCCACAGAAAAAAAAAAAAAAAUCGGAGGGGUAAGGGAAAUGGGCAACAGGACAUAUGACAAUGCAAAGCGUCAAUAUGAGAUUAACAUUUAACAUUACACCGAACUGAAGCUGUCCAUUAUAAAUCACAACAAUCUGAUUAUCACAAUCACUCAUUUCCUCCACUCAGUAAUUUUUUUUUUUUAAAACAGAUUUAAUUGAAGAGCCACACAGACCUCUGGAUUAAUCACUUGUUUUUCUAUCUUAUAAAUGUCAGGAAAAACAAGGAUGUGAUAUGUCCACCUGAGUUUGGGUGAGAUAAACUACCUGACACCCUAUAGCUCCUCUCUCCGUCUCUCUCAUUAACAAUGCAUCAUCACAGCAAUGACCGUCUGUGGCGCUGAGCUGGGCUUACCAAAGCGGGGUUCAUGCAUAGAAUCAUUUGUCUUCCUCUGUCAGCAUCUAAUGUGUGUGUUGUGCUGGGCUCAGUUUACUUUGAUAGCUGGACUUUUAUGUACAUUGCUCCGAAGAAGCCUCUUGAUUGGCUUCAUUCACUGCUGCCUCUACUGUUUCUGUUUUUUACCCAUCUGCUUCCAAUGGAGCAAAGCUUGAGUUAGCCCUGAGAUCUUUUGGGAAAUUACCAAUUUAUUCAAAUUCAGCAGAGGGUGGAGGCAGCCAAAGAAUGGUGUUCCCUCAGGUUUUAAUUAAAAAUCCCCUGUCAACACGCAUUUGAGUUUUUGGACAGCUAGGUUGUUUUUCUUUUUUUCUUUUUUUUUUUUGGCAGAAUUGCAUUGCUAAAAUAAUUUUCCACAAUAACUCUGUUGAGCUUUUAAGGGUUGGGAGCAUUUGCACAUUGUUAUGGGCAUUUAAUGUAGUUAUAAACACACACACACCACAUAAAACAGAGAAACAGAUCAAAUACAAAACAUUGAGAUGGUGAAAAAAAAAAAAAAAAAACCCUGAAAAACCCAU